AUGUCUUUAUCUCCUCUUUCCAGUGUCCAAGAUGAGGCUGUGGAGAAAAGCACCUUUAAGGAAUGCAACCAGAUUGCUUUUUACAGGCGUCAGAAACUUCUACAUCCUGGGAAAUCCUUGUAUCAAGCAUUGCUGGAUUCGGUCACGUUAAGUGAUGAAAAUGUCAAGUUCCAAAUAAUUCAUGAGGAAAGUAAGGUUCUUCUACAAGUAGAAAUUUGUGAAAUAGAGGGCAAUAUUUUCAGGAUUAAGAUUGAUGAGGCAUCUCCUCUCAGAGCGAGAUACAGAGUUCCUGAUGUUCUUAUAAAGGAACCUACCACCAAGAGAUUCUCCAUAUCUCAGAAGGAAGCAGGUAUUUUGGUGCUCUCAAGUGUUAAGGAGGACUACAGACUUCAGGUCACAGCAACUCCCUUCCAGCUAGAGCUACAGUCCAAGGGCGAGACUGUUCUGAGCAUGAAUUCUAAUGGGUUGUUGUAUUUUGAGCACCUACAACCACCUCCCAGUGAUAGAAAACCUACAGCAGAAAAUAAGGAGGCAGCAAGUGAUUCCUCUAAGGAGAAACAAGAGGAUCUAGGUCUCUGGCAAGAGAAAUUUGGCAGUUUCUUAGACAUCAAAGCUCAUGGUCCUAGUUCUGUAGGCACAGACUUCUCUUUACACGGAUUUGACCAUGUUUAUGGAAUACCGCAACACACAGAAGCACUUCUUCUCAAAAACACCAGUGAUGGUGAUGCCUACCGGCUUUAUAAUUUGGACAUCUUCGGCCACAAGAUACAUGACAAAAUAGGCAUUUAUGGUUCAGUGCCCCUUCUCUUAGCACACAAGCCUAACAGAACUUCAGGGAUCUUCUGGCUGAACUCUUCAGAAACACUGGUGGACAUUAAUACAAAGGCAGUAGCUGAGCAUGUGCCAUCUGGAUCUGCUGCACAGACUGCUAAGCAGAGAGCAAUGCCUGUAACUGAUGUGCGCUGGAUGUCAGAAAGUGGCAUCAUUGAUGUUUUCCUGCUGAUGGGGCCCACUCCCUUUGACAUCUUCAAGCAGUUUGCACAGCUGACAGGUACUCAAGCCCUGCCCCCUCUUUUUUCUCUGGGCUACCAUCAGUGCCGGUGGAAUUACGAGGAUGAGCACGAUGUCAAGGCAGUAGAUGCUGGCUUUGAUGAACAUGACAUUCCUUAUGAUGUAAUAUGGCUGGACAUAGAGCACACAGAUGGCAAGAGGUAUUUUACUUGGGACAAAAAGAAAUUCCAGAACCCCAGAAAGAUGCAAGAACAUCUCAGGAAGAAAAAACGCAAGCUUGUUGUCAUUGUAGAUCCCCACAUUAAGGUUGACCCCAUGUAUGCCCUGUAUACACAGGCAAAAGACAAGGGAUACUUUGUAAAAGACAGAAAUGGGAAAGAUUUUGAGGGCAUCUGUUGGCCAGGUUCCUCUUGCUACCUGGAUUUCACCAGUCCUGAAGUGCGAAAAUGGUAUGCAGAUCAAUUCGCCUUCAAAACAUACAAGGGAUCCACUAACAUCCUCUAUGUAUGGAAUGACAUGAAUGAACCCUCAGUCUUCAAAGGAGCAGAACUAACAAUGCAGAAAGAUGCUGUGCACUACAACAACUGGGAGCAUCGGGAAGUACACAACCUCUAUGGAUUCUAUCAGCAAAUGGCAACUGCAGAAGGCCUCAUCAGACGUUCGUCAGGAAAAGAGAGACCAUUUGUCCUCACACGAUCUUUCUUUGCUGGAUCACAGAAGUAUGGGGCAGUGUGGACCGGAGACAACACAGCAGAGUGGGGUUACUUGAAAAUAUCCAUUCCAAUGCUUCUCACCAUCAGCAUGGCAGGGAUUUCAUUCUGUGGAGCUGAUGUGGGAGGCUUUAUUGGAGAUCCAGAACCAGAAUUACUCGUUCGCUGGUACCAGGACGGAGCCUACCAGCCCUUCUUCAGAGGCCAUUCGAACAUGGAGAGCAAACGUCGAGAACCGUGGCUCUUUGGGGAGAAGAACACCCAGAUCAUCAGGGAAGCCAUCAGAGAGCGCUACGUUCUCCUGCCCUACCUCUACACACUCUUCUACCGGGCACACACAGCGGCUGAACCCGUCAUGAGGGCUCUCUGGAUAGAGUUUCCAGGGCAAAUAGAAACUUUUGGUGUGGAAGAUGAGUACAUGCUGGGAAAUGCUUUGUUGGUGCAUCCAGUCACAGAGCAAGAGGCCAAGGCAGUGAGUGUUCUGCUUCCAGGGCCAGAGGAGAUCUGGUAUGACUUCAGAAAACUUAAACGGAUGGAAGAUCGAGGCACUCUGAAGAUCUCAGUAACGCUGGAGGAUAUUCCUGUAUUCCAGCGGGGAGGCACUAUGAUACCUCUGAAGACCACAGCUGGAAAAUCCACUGAAUGGAUGAUGGAAACUCCUUAUGAACUUCGUGUGGCCCUGGACACAGAGGCCUGUGCAGUAGGUGAGCUCUACUUAGAUGAUGGACAUUCGUUUCAAUACCUCCACAAGAAGCAGUUCCUGUAUCGGAAAUUCACUUUCCACAGGAAUAUUCUCUCUUCCAGCCAGACAGAUGAAAGUGGACAAUACCACACCACAUGUGUAGUUGACCGGGUGAUAAUUCUGGGAUUUGGACAGCAACCCACUUUAGUGACAGCCUGUUCCAAGGAUGGGAAAGAAAGAGAAGUGGUUUUCACAUACAAUGCAAAGAACUCUGUGCUGACACUGGAAAAUUUAGCCCUGAGUCUUGCUGCUGACUGGAAGAUUUGCAUCAACUGA